AUGGCCGCCGCGGGCCAGUUCGGCGAGAUACCAUUGGAAUGCACGUACUGGACUCCCAUCGAAGCAGGUGUGGCGCCUCCGGGGCAUGUCUACCUGCCCCCUCCGGAGUUCAUUGGGGUGUUCCUGCCUCCGCCGGUUCCCGUUCUGGAAGUUCCAGACCCACUGGCGCCGUACGCCGUCGAUGCGGCUGCGAGCGCAGCCCGUCUUCAGAAGCUCCUCCGGCUUCCACCAUCGUACCCGUGGACUCCCGGUCCCACGCUUCCCACGGAUGAUGUGGCAUACAGCCGCGGGUUCGGCUACACGACACCGCCGCUCCCUUUGUGGAUCAAACCGGGAUUUGUCUACGGCACCACCCCGAACCUGUACGUGCCCCGUCCAGCCCUGGAGCCAGUCAUCCCGGGCAGUACAAUGGCGCCUUUUGGAACCCCUCCUUGGCACCCACCACCACAGGCGCGCCGUCGCACACCACAGCUCCGCCACGGAAACGGAAACGGGAGCGGUCCGACGCCUCCGACGCCAGGUGGGCGACGUAACCGAGACUCGCCGGGCCAGCGGGCUCAGGCCGGACCCAGCGAGACACCCGAGCAGCCAGUCGGCCCCAGUGACUCCCGCGAGUUCUCGCCAGACCUUCCGGCUGAACCAGAUUCCGACAUUGCCGACCAGCUUUUGCAGAAGAAAAAAGAAGCUGCCUCGAAGGUGGAACCGGCAAACGACGCAGCUGGGGAAGCUGAACCGACAAAGGAGGCGGAAGGGAAGGCAGAACCUGAUACGAAUCAGGCUAGCAACGAUACACCACCAGGCGACACCAGUCCACGCCAGAAGGUCACCCGCGUCUACAGCGCCGCAACUCUGAAGAGCCUGAAUAUUGGAGGACGUGGACACGGCUCACCGACUGCCAGUGGCGAAAGGGGCAAGCCAAUACCGUCAGAGCCACGCAUCGAGUACUGCUGGCCAGAUGAGACGCCUUCCAGGGAAAAAGAGGAGCCGCCCGUGGCCCCAGCUUACCUGCGCGCAGCCAGGAACAGCGCUCCGGCGAAGCCGAGUGCGCCACCUCGGGCCAAGUCAAGCCUGCAGGACGGCCGCAAGCAGGGCUCGCCGCGUGACCGUGGUCCGCGACGACGCAACUCGGUGACUGCCUGGUGA